CAAGGGCUGAAGAGAUGAGACAGCUAGCGCGUUGUGUGUUUCCCUUUGUUAUGAUGAUAAUAUGGAUUGAAUUUACAGAGGCUGCUACACAACAGAAUUCAACAGUGAUCCGGUUGAAAGCGGGUCACUGCCCGCGGCGCUUGGACGUGGUGCCGUCCGGUCGUGGAUGCGUCUGUGAUGACGAUUGCCCAGGGGAUGAUAAAUGUUGCAUCUUUGACUGCGGAGCUGUCUGCGUGCCGCCCGCGUUCACUAAACCAGGCGUGUGCCCGCGUCGGAGCCGUGGAGCAGGGAUGUGCGCUGAGUUUUGCGCAAACGACAGUGACUGCCCCAGUAACGAGAAAUGCUGCCACAAUGGAUGUGGGCAUGAGUGUAUCCCACCUUACACAGUGAAACCUGGUCGCUGUGGCCUGCCAAAGGGGACCCCGAUGUGUGCGGAGUACUGUUACCAUGACGGCCAGUGUCCAGAGGAGCAGAAGUGUUGUCGAACAACCUGCGGCCACUCCUGCAGUGAGCCAUGCUGAUUGAAUAAUGCUGGUAGCCUACCACAGGGGCGCAGACCUCAACAUUUCAUACUUGAGUUUUGUUUUACGCGUAGACAAAAUAACCUUCCAUUGGAAUGUAAAGUGCAUUGUGGAUGUCUUGUUUUUUUAUAUACUUAUAAGUAAAGGAGUAUGGAUUCCUGUUG